AUGCAGCAUGCGGUUAGCACUGCCGGUGCCUGCAGCGGUGCCUCGAACCUUCCAAGUGAGAGCCAACUUUGCUAUCAAGGCACGUUGCUGGUAGAGACCCUCAGUGUCCGCGUCCUGCAGCAUACGGCAACUGGCGGAACGGUCAACAUGAAGGCUGUGGGUCCAAAGCAGGGCGAAUGCAAAGGCGCCGUGUUCGCAAAGUCGGGCUCCGAGCUGACCAUCCAGGAUGCUACUGGCUGCGGAUUGGAUGGUGCCGACUACUCUGUUCAGUAUUGUUCAGAUCAAGAUCAAGUUGUUGUCCAUUUCAUCACGCCCAUGAAGCUGGACGUGGCUUUGGACAGGGCCAAGUGUGAAACAAGCCUUGCUUAA